CGCGACACCGGAGGCAUCGAAGUCAGUAGAGUUGGGCGCCAGAGCUCCACGCAGUCGGCCGGUCGCUCUCAGGACGAGGAACAGGAAUAACACCCAGAAGGGGCAGGACCAUGGCACUUUUCCGCAUGACCGCGAGACGCUGCCUGGAGGCGCAGAAAAUUAGCCCGACGAUGCUGGUGCGUCCAUUGUCGGAUGCGUCGACCGAUUUGAAGAAGGUCCUCGCCGAGAAGAUCCCGAAGGAGCAGGAGCGCGUCAAGACCUUCCGCAAGAAUUAUGGCAACACCAAAGUUGGAGAAGUCACCGUCGACAUGAUGUACGGCGGCAUGCGAGGCAUCAAAGGUCUGGUAUGGGAGCCAUCGGUGUUGGACCCCGAGGAAGGCAUCCGUUUCCGGGGCAAGUCGAUCCCGGAGUGUCAAAAGCUACUGCCAAAAGCUUCGGGGGGUUCGGAACCGCUGCCGGAGGGUCUCUUCUGGUUGUUGAUCACCGGCGACGUGCCGAGCAGCGCCCAGGUGAAGGCCAUCUCCCAGGAAUGGGCCGAGAGAAGCAAGCUGCCCAGCCACGUUACGAAGGCGCUGAACGACUUCCCGCAGUCGUUGCACCCGAUGACGCAGUUCUCGGCGGCGAUCACAAUCCUGAACAGCGAGAGUGCGUUCGUCAAGGCGUACACGAGCGGGGUGCACAAGAGCAAGUACUGGGAGACCGUCUACGAGGACUCGAUGAACCUGAUCGCGAAGCUGCCGGUGGUGGCGGCGACCAUCUACAGGAACACCUACAAGGGCGGCAAGGGCCUGGGCUCGGUGGACGCGAACAAGGACUGGUCCUGGAACUUCGCCAACAUGCUCGGCUACGACAACGCCCAGUUCAUCGAGCUGCUGCGCCUCUACCUGACGAUUCACUCCGACCACGAGGGCGGCAACGUAUCGGCGCACACGACCCACCUGGUCGGCUCCGCCCUUUCCGACCCCUACCUGUCGUUUGCCGCGGGUAUGAACGGCUUGGCCGGUCCUCUCCACGGUCUGGCCAACCAGGAGGUCCUGGUCUGGCUGCAGAAGCUGCGCCAGCAGGUCGGCGACAACCCCUCCGACGAGAAGCUCAAGGACUUCAUCUGGACCACCCUUAAAAGCGGCCAGGUGGUGCCCGGCUAUGGCCACGCCGUUCUCAGGAAGACGGAUCCGAGGUACACCUGCCAGCGGGAGUUCGCCCUGAAGCACCUUCCCGACGACAGCCUCUUCAAGCUCGUCUCGCAAGUGUACAAGGUGGUCCCUCCCAUCCUCCUGGAGACCGGCAAGGUGAAGAACCCGUGGCCGAACGUGGACGCGCACUCCGGCGUGCUCCUGCAGUACUACGGCCUGAAGGAGAUGAACUACUACACCGUCCUCUUCGGGGUGUCCCGAGCCCUAGGAGUGUUGGCCGCCCUGGUCUGGGACCGCGCCCUGGGCCUGCCCAUUGAGAGGCCCAAGUCCCUCAGCACCGACCUCCUCAUGAAGGCCGUCAAGGCGGCUUAAGGAAAUAAAGACCCUCAGACCCUGGAGUCGUCGCGAGCAAGAUCACGCGUUCACCAGGAGCAGUCAGCUGCUCGCCCUUAGAUGCAUCACAGGAGGUCGCAGGGAACAUCGUCGGCACACGGAAUCGCGGCUACGAGGCCUCCUCGUGGCCUUUUGAUACUGAUUUUUACAGGAUCGGCGCAACCGUUCCGGACCACCGGAAGAGCGGGAAUCAUUUUAUAGAAAUCCAAGGAGGGGGCGCUGAAUUUUUAACGAAAAGCCUCGCGUUCCCCUCGCCGAGGGAGGCGCCGACGAUUAAUCGUGUCAUCGGUUGUACAACUCGACCCGGACCGCGCGACGAAGCGAGUUAGAUAGCUCGACUAGAAACACGAGUAACUUAGACCGAGGUCUCUCCGUUCAUGUGAGAGAUUCGUUCAUAUCUCCUGACCCGCCUUAAGGGGAUGUGAAAGUGGCAUCCGAAAGGUCUUUAUGAAGCUUUUCUCCUAACUGGGUGUGCCGAAUCGAUUCAAACUUUACAACGUGAACAUGGAGGCUGCAAGGAAGGU